AUGAACGACCGAGAAGCUUUCGCCAUCGCCGUGGACGAGGCCAAGAUCAGCUAUAGAGAAGGUGGAGUACCGGUGAGAUAUUCCGCUCGUCCUCCCGUGUCUUUCUACCUCGAUGAAUCAGCAGUACCCGUCGCGAGCUUCACCAAGAAAAUUUGGAAUGGGGCAAUCGGAGCAGCCCUCGUCUCCCGCGCCGGCACCCUGCUCGGCCGCGGCCACAACCAACGCGUCCAGAAGGGCAGCGCGAUCCACCACGGCGAGACCUCCGCACUCGAGAACUCCGGUCGUCUCCAGGCCUCAGCCUACAGGGGCGCCACCAUGUUCACGACGCUGUCGCCCUGCGAUAUGUGCACCGGCGCCUGUCUGUUGUACGGCAUCGCGCGCGUCGUGAUUGGCGAGAACCAGACGUUCCUGGGCGGCGAGGCGCAGUUGAGGAAGAGGGGGGUGGAGGUCGUGGUUUUGGGGGAUGAGGAGUGUAGGGGGUUGAUGGAGGCGUUUAUCAGGGAGAAGCCGGAGAUUUGGAAUGAGGAUAUUGGAGAGGAGGAGAGGGUCUAUUCCAAGGAGUUGAAGUAG